AGCGCCCUACGCCAGCGAUGCGUGACCAAGAAAAUGGCCGCGGUGCUGUGGCUCCUCGCUUUGGCCGUGACCUUGGCGCUGGUCAUCGCCGCCGUGGCUGGCACCAGCUGGUUGAGGUGGACGGACACGACGAGCCGGGGCGAGCGCGAGUUCGGCCUGUUCGACUCACCCUCAGAGAGUUCGUCAGCCUCGUGUGACGUGGGCGACGUUGUGAAACAGACAGAGGAGGAGAUCUAUACAACAUUUUCAGUGCGCGCUGUGGCUGGUUUGUUGAUUACGGGCCUUGUCGUGGACGUUAUCUCCCUUGUGGCAGGAGUUCUCUACCUGCGGGCCAGGGCCAAGGGCAACGAGAGACUCUGGAAGUUGUCCAUACCAGCUGUAGUCGCCGCCCUUGCAACAGCCGCGCUAGUUCUGAUUGGCUGUCUGGUUUUUGUCAUUGAUUUGACGGACGCCACGGAUGGGCCGCUGAAACCUGUCAAGCCGCCAUUUUGUCCGACUGACGUCACUGGCAUAGAUUUGAGCCUGGACUACGGAUGGAGUUUUUACCUGGCGUUGGUGGGCGGGGGCCUGGCGUGUAUUAAAGGGAUCAUGUUCUCGAUAAUGGCGUCUUUGUGUUAGUGAUUGGAGUUUACAAGACUAAGGAGACUCACUGAUUAAAGGCAUCCUGUUCUCGAUAAUGGCUUGUUUGUGUUAGAGAUUGGAGCUGGCAAGACUAACGAGCAUUCUGUUCUCAUUAAUGGCGUUUUUUGUGUUAGAGAUAGAAGUUUACUAGACUAACAGACGAGACUCACUGAUUAAAGGCAACUUGUUUUAAUUUUAAAUCUCAGUAAUUUUCUGGAUGUAAGUGACAUUACUUAAAGAUGUGUAUGGUGUAAGUGUAAGUGACAUUACUUAAAGAUGUGUAUGGUGUAAGUGACAUUACUUAAAGAUGUGUAUGGUGUAAGUGACAUUACUUAAAGAUGUGUAUGGUGUAAGUGACAUUACUUAAAGAUGUGUAUGGUGUAAGUGACAUUACUUAAAGAUGUGUAUGGUGUAAGUGACAUUACUUAAAGAUGUGUAUGGUGUAAGUGACAUUACUUAAAGAUGUGUAUGGUGUAAGUGACAUUACUUAAAGAUGUGUAUGGUGUAAGUGACAUUACUUAAAGAUGUGUAUGGUGUAAGUGACAUUACUUAAAGAUGUGUAUGGUGUAAGUGACAUUACUUAAAGAUGUGUAUGGUGUAAGU